UGCCCUACAAACCCCCCCAUUUAACUUCAGUCUCCAUCCGGUUUUUUUGCUUCUUUGCGAGUCAUAGAAAAGAAAGUUGUUGUUGAUCAACAAACAUACGUUCACAUUCAUUAAUCACUCUUUUAAUCCAUCAUCCCAUUAUCACUUCAAGUCAUUCCUUUAACUUACACUUACAGUCUACUUCGCGACUGGUCUCGCCGUCUGUCUCUUUCUUUCAUUGACACCCUCUUAACUCUAACACUACAUAUCCUGCAACCAAGAUGCGUUACGCCUACACCGCCGCCCCGCUGGCUUUCGCCCUCCACGCCGCCGCGUACAGCACCGACUCGUGGACCUUUGGAUACGGCUUCUGGAUGGGUCCGCCGGCCAGCGGCCAGAUCACCAAGGCCACUUACUCGAUCGCCGCCCCCAGCGUGCCCCAGAACGCGACGGUCAAGGAUUCCAGCGACGAGGUCUGGACCUCGAUCUGGAUCGGCGUUUCGGCAACGGAGAGUGGUGACACCGAUAGUCUCUACCAGCCUUUGUUCAAUUGGUCGCCAGACCAGGAGUCUCAGGGCUGUUCGGCUACUGCUGAGGAGUGGUGCGUUGCGGCCAGUACUUAUACUUCUAGCGGACAAGUCGGUCAGGCCUAUGUUCCUGUGACCGAGGAUGCGCAGGUGGAUUUUGAAAUCUACGUCCAAGACAACAAAGUCUAUCAAAUCGUCACCAUGAAUGGCAAGGUCGUCUCCAAGCAAAACGACGCCCUCACCAAUCCGCUCCAGUACCUCUACGCCUCCGACGAAUGCUACACCGGGUCCGGAACCUGUGGCACCUUGCCUAGCUAUAGCUGGAAUAACAUCACCAUCACCCUGAGCGAGGCCGAUCAGAACUUUGGUGGCACCCUGGAGAUGAUCGGGUCGAUGAGCAGUAGCGGCUUCUCGUCUUCGGAUGGUGGUAAGACGUGGCAUGCGGACGCCGUGGUUUUCCCUACGGAUGACUUCACCGCGGACUCCUAGGGCUGGAGGUUACCCGGUGCUAGGGGGCGGGAACUGGGUAGCUGGGUAGCUAGUGUAGUGUAGCGUAUGUUCUUUUCGAUGAUGAGUGGGAGGUGGGAGACCCUCCUCGGGAUCAGGCUUAUGAGCUGCCUCGUUGAUUUCUUGUGGAUAGGCUGGUCUGGUUGGUGGUAUCUAUCGUAUCUUGCUGGGAGAGUUCUAAAACAAAAUGUGUGUAGCACUUGUGUCUUUGUCCGGUGCUUUAUAGCUCAAGCUGGCAGGCUGGGCUGCCUGAACUUUUGUGGACAAGCUACACUUCAGAUUCGAACCAGGCAUCAGAGCCAGAAGCUCCCUGGAAUUUCCUAAGCUGCGGCCGGUUGUCGACCGUGAUGGUGAUGGAAGGGUCUCACAAG